AUGAGGAAGUUCAACUUUUCCCGGCCGGCACGUAAGAAGCCGCAGGAGCCCCAGCAGCAGCAGCCAAUGCCCGCGAUGCCUAUGAGUAAAGCUCAUAAAAUCUUGGGUUCAACGCCGCUCAGCUUCGACUCUUCUUCGAUUCAUGACGCCCCGCCGCCAACCGUCAGUGUUGGUAUGUACGAAGACAAGACCCUAAGCGAUCUGGAUUUGAAUCUACGCCAAACAAGGAUGACAAGAACUGAUGAUGAUCGGAGAAAAGAGCGCGGACCGUCCCCUUCGAACCUGAGGCUGAGUGCCCUUACCGAUAGCAUGAACUUUGGGGGAAAGAACUCGUCCGGUACUCUCAAGAAAGCCCAGUCGUCUUCCACCAUUAAAUCUUGGCACGACAAAUCAAAACAUUCCCGUUCUCUUUCACGACAAGCCUCGAUUCCACUCAUGAAUACUGCCUUUUCAUCAAACCCGCAUGCUUUCCCCGAUACCGACGAGUCUUCCAAGUUAAGAAAGAAGCCACCUAAACUCGACUUUACUGCAAUAGGACCGUCUCCCCGGAUGUCAAGAAAAGAGCCGGACAAUUUCAAUCCCAGUGCAUCUAACAAUUCGAUAAAAACCCCGACGGUGUCAUCUCCCUAUUCCACUGUGUCCCAUCGGCAGAGCGACCUACGCGGCAUGUUCAAACGACGGACAAAGGACAGCUUCAGGUCUUUGGUGCCUGAUGCCUCGCCAUCAAACGCUGGAGAAGCCCGCCGAAUGACUACACAACUUUCAGACAACGGGCUCUCCACGUUAUAUGACCACUAUGAGCAGAUGACCUUCCGAAACGCUAUGGAUGAUGACUCUGAUGUCAUGGGUAGCCCUGUCUACAAGAAGGACCAAACAGACGGUCGCGGCCAGGGUGAAUCUGAAUGGCGGGAACCGCAAGUACGACAGAAUCUCGAUUGGCUUCACAAGCCCCUCAAUGAAUCAAACGAGUCGAAAAGAUUGUCUCAUUCGGAAUACUCGUCGUCUCCAGGCGAUGGUGCUAGAAGUGUUUCGAGCAGACAUACUCGAACUUCUAGGGCUUCCAGGCAGACCGACAGCGGGCUCAUCCAGGAAGCUGACUUUCAUGACAAAAGCGUGUUGCUUUUGUCAUCAGACUCGGAAGAGGACGAGGAUGAUGAAAAGUCCUCGACUAGAGACCACGUCCCUCUUCCCACGCGACCAUUACCGGAACCACCAAGUCACAGCCAACCGAGGUCGUCGCGAUCACGACAGGUUUCGGGACAUGAGUCAGGUGGGAUGCAGAAUAAGAAGGCAAGCUUUGCGCCAUCCAACACCUACAUUGCUAUUCCUAGCGCCGAGCGAAAGCGACUGUCACCAUCUCCUUCUCGGCUGAAUCCGCCCUUCAGAGAUGGCUCCCGCGCUUCCUCGCCCAAACCCUCAGUUGGAUCUACGAACUCGACACGGUCAGGCAUGACGGGUCAGAUCGGCUACGGCGCAGAAGACUCUGUUCCUACGACAGUUCUGCCAGCUCGUCGCCCAUCUCAGGCGGAACUGGAUCGCCAGAAGGCACUGGCAGCGCUAACGGGACCCUCGUUGCGCCGGGAAUCUGCGGCAACGUCAUCAGACCAGCCCGAUCACGAACCAACGCCACCGCUGAGUCCAUCCUCAGUCAAUUUUUAUUUACGAUCCGCCCGGUCAUCCAUCGACGACUCCAAUGGCCAAGGCCGUAUCAUGGCACUUACUCGUCAAGAGGAGAUGUUGAUAUCCGCACUCCGCAAGAAGACCCAGGCAAUGCGUGAGAAGUCACAGCUUGGUUCCGCUGGCAAACCCCAGUCGGAUGGCCGUCAAGGCAGAAGACACGUCUCAAGCCCAUCUCAGGUAAUGGUGACAGACUCGAUGCUCGACUUUGACUUCCCCGCGCCACCGUCCCAUGGAUCGAAACAACGACAAUCUGGAGCGAGUUCGAUGCUGAGUGCACCCAUUACAGAGCACCAGUUUGGUGAGGAUGAGCCCUACAGAGCACCUUCUCGUUUGACUGCGGACACUGGAUCCGAAAGGGCAUCUUUCGUCUCUUCCAUUCGUGGCCCAGACGAAUUUGGCGAACAGCAGGAUGUCCUUGUGUAUCUUGACCAAAGCAAGCACGCUAGUGGCCAAUGGAGUCAGUCCGGAGGCGAAGGCCAAGCUCUUGACGAGGCGGCUGUGUCGUCGGGCUUUCACGCCGUUUCGUCGUGGGAUUAUCCAGAGGAUAAGCGCACAUCCAAGCUCAAGGGUAGAGCAUCAGCCCGGCAGCAAAUGCAAGCCGAGGUCAUGUCUCCUUCUAAGCUUACUAGGCUCUCUGAGGACGGAAGUGAAGAUGUGCCCCGGCCAGACAGUCCGAUAUCUAAUGAUACGUUCCAGCCACGACAGCAACGUCGCGCUGUGCUCAACACAGCACGCCUCAGUGCCGUGGGAUUCGUGCGAAGAGAUCCUGAGAUGGGGUGGUGGGGAGACGACGAUUAA